AUGGUCACUGCUGGUGCAAAUCAGGCUUUUGUGAACUUGGUCCUCACUCUUUGUGAUGCUGGUGAUUCUGUUGUCAUGUUUGCACCAUAUUAUUUCAAUGCCUACAUGUCAUUUGAGAUGACAGGUGUUACUGACAUAUUAGUUGGUGGUUGCGAUCCCAUGACACUUCAUCCUGAUGUUGAUUGGUUGGAGAAGGUUCUGAAAGAAAAUGACCCUAUCCCUAGACUUGUUACUGUUGUUAAUCCAAGGAACCCCUCUGGAGCUUUUAUUCCCAGGCCUAUGCUUGAGAUCUGA